AUGCUAUUCAAUCUUUCAAAACUAUUUUACUUAUUUCUAAUCUUUCAACAAUUUCAUUUCUCAAACGCCGAUGAUGAAGUUCGUUUUAUCACAUCGGAUGGUGUAGUUUACAGUUAUGCUGUCAUCACCAGUACAAUUAAGCCAGCUACCGUCAUUGUUAGAACCUCUACAUAUACAACGACACGUGUAAGGGCCAUCACUUUGGAAAACCAUGAAGUCACAUCUACUACUGAAGAAAUUACUACUCAGGCUACUUUAGUAUCUUCUGUCGCCGCUGAAUCUCAACAACAAGCUUCAAGCUCUGUUGUCACACCAGUUACUACUUCUUCUCCUAUCGUAACCACAGUUACUUCAUCAGUUGCACAACCUGUUGCUGAUGUUUCUUCUCAAGUUCAACAAACUUCCAAUUCAUUACAAGAACAAGCUACAAAGUCUACAACGACUUUAUCCGGUUCUUCUUCUUCUUCUUCUUCUUCUUCUUCUUCUUCUUCCAGUUCCAUUGCCAACCUGGUUCAAACUCAAAAUAUGGAAGGUGUCACACGUUCAACUUCUACAUUGACUCCAUCCACUACCAUUACUAGUAUAUCUAGUUCCACCUCAACUUCCAUUCCAAGUUCUACUUAUUCAUUAGCUGCUGAACCAACUACUGAAGUUGAAGAUGGUACCUGCUUUGUUUAUUACGAUGACCCAGAUGACGAGUAUUACAGUACCGCCUACAUCACUGAUUCUUCUCAAACAGUUGAUGCGGCUACUACUUUAACAAGUACCCAAACAGUUUACGCUACCAUGACUUUAGCAUAA